CGGCCGAAAUCAACGAUCCAUGUGUCCCACUCGCACCGACUAAUCUAAAACCGUCCAUCUACUGAAAUCAUACUAGUCAGCAUCGCAAGAUUCUUUUCACUCUAUCAACCAGAUUCGACAAUAGCUGAAAAACUGAUCAAAUAAUCUGGGAUUUACCAGUUCUCGAAAUUUCAUUGAAAUGAAAAACUAAAUUAACGCCUCUUUUUCAUUUCUUGAGCUUAGCUGCUGAUUUUGCCAAACGAUCGAGUUUCUACUAGACCAGGUGGGAAAAUCCCGUUUUCGAAAGACCCAUUUCAUUUUCGCGCGAGAUAUGCUGAAAUUCGUGAUACCCAGAUGAGGAUUUGAUGGAUAUGAAGAGGAUCAAGAGACAAUUAUCUUCGUCAACACGUACAGAUCCGGAGAAUGACGGGUUUCAUCGAUCUGCGGACAGGAAAUCGGGUUCAAACAUGGUCAGAUUGACAUCGAUUUUGGUUGUUUGUUUGAUGGUUUUGCUGAUCUUGGUUACGUUUGGUGUCAUUCAUCGAGACCCAGCAACAGAUCGAGCCCGUGGAGUUUCAGAGGACUUGGGCUUUAAAGCAAAUGUGCAAAAAGAUCGAAUUCAUCGAGUUGAAGGAGGCAGAGAUUCUGAAGAAACAGCUGAAAAAGGCUUGGAAGAUGACGGCCUCUCUCAGUCGGCUGAUAUGCUCAAGGACAAACUUCUUGGUGGCCUUCUUGCUCCUGGGUUUGAUGAAGGAUCCUGUCUGAGCAGGUACCAGUCUGUCUUAUAUCGUAAAGCAUCAACUCAGAGGCCUUCAUCCAAUCUCUUGGCAAGGCUGCGGAAGUAUGAAGCUCUCCAUAGACAAUGUGGUCCAAAUACUGAUUCAUACAACAAAACAGUGGACCAACUGAAGUCUGGGCACAAUCCUGGAACUACAGAUUGUAAAUAUGUGGUCUGGAUAUCGCACAGCGGCUUGGGGAAUAGGAUCCUGACUUUGGCUUCCACAUUUCUAUAUGCUCUCCUCACAGACAGAGUCCUACUUGUCGAUAGAGGGGCUGAUAUGGGCGACCUCUUUUGUGAACCGUUUCCCAAGAUCUCAUGGUUGCUGCCACUUGAUUUCCCUCUAAAUCAGUUCAAGAACUUCACUGAAAAAUCUCCUCAGAGCUAUGGCAUUAUGUUGAAAAACAACAUUAUCAAUGACAACAAAGAAAACAUUUCAGCUGGAUCAUUACCCGCCUUUGCGUAUCUCCAUUUAGCCCAUGAUUAUGAUGAUUACGAUAAGCUUUUCUUUUGCGAGCAAGAUCAACUCCUCCUUCAAAGAAUCCCAUGGCUGAUCUUGAGAUCUGACAACUACUUUGUGCCGUCUCUCUUUCUGAUCCCAACAUUUGAACAGGAAUUAAGUAGACUCUUCCCCAGGAAAGACACGGUCUUUCACCAUUUGGGUCGGUAUCUUUUCCACCCAUCAAAUUCGGUGUGGGGCUUGAUCACCCGGUUUUAUCAAGCUUAUUUAGCUCAUGCAGAAGAACGGAUUGGCAUACAAAUCAGAGUCUUUGAUACUGGAACUGGUCCCUUCCAACAUGUAUUGGAUCAGAUCCUUGCCUGCUCGUUGAGUGAGAAACUGCUGCCAAAAGUUGCCCUCCAAGAACCAUCUUCCUCUACUGCUAAACGGAGACUGAAAGCUGUUUUGAUGACAUCCUUAAGCUCCGGGUACUUUGAGAAGAUAAGGAACAUGUAUUGGGAAAACCCAACUAUUAGUGGUGAAAUUGUCAGUGUCGUUCAGCCAAGCCAUGAAGAAUAUCAGCAGACUGAAAAGCAGAUGCAUAACAUGAAAGCAUGGGCAGAAAUGUAUCUUCUAAGCCUAACCGAUGCAUUGGUCACAAGUUCGUGGUCAACAUUUGGGUACGUGGCACAGGGUCUUGGAGGCUUAAAACCGUGGAUUCUAUACAAGCCUGAGAACAGUACUGCACCUGACCCUCCUUGUCGUCGAGCCAUGUCAAUGGAACCUUGUUUUCAUGCACCUCCCUUUUAUGACUGCAAAGCUAAGAAAGGCAUCGAUACAGGGCUGCUUGUCCCCCACGUCAGGCAUUGUGAAGACAUGAGCUGGGGUCUUAAGGUGGUUGGUGAAGAUGAGUUGUAGCUGUUGGCCAUAGUUGAAUUUGAGCAUGGAAAAUCAGAUUUUGUUGUGUUUCUUUAUAUGUUGUAUGAUAGGAGGUUAUUUUGUUCCUUCGUAUCAGGAACUUUGGACUUGGAACCAUAUCCAUUGGCUGUAGUGGAACUCGCAUGGUAUCAUUUGAGUGUUAUCCGGGUAGGUCAAGAAUAUUUGAAGCCUCCAUUGCAUUUA